AGAGACUGCAUGCAAAUACAAAGGCAAACCUUCAAAAAAUGAUACUACACAUGAAUAGUUCAUAAUCAACUCAUAUGAUUGAUUACCUUCCCAUAUGCUUGUGAGGCAGUUUGCUGCCCUCAUGCAACAAAUAAUUCAGCACUACUUUUAAACUUUUCUCCUUUUAUGUCUAUAUAAGCACUUUCUCUUUGCUGAAUCAUACUUCAUCCAAAGCCAAAGGAGCCAAAGGUAGUAGAAGGAGAUUACCCAAUAUGGGAAGUGAGAGUAUGGUCUCUGUGAAAACAAAACUUCUUGUAGCAUUGCUUGUUCUGCAGCUCUGCUAUGCAGGGACUCACAUUGUCUCCAGGGUUGCACUAAACAUUGGUGUCAGCAAGGUUGUAUACCCAGUUUAUAGGAACCUCAUUGCCCUGCUUCUGUUGGGCCCUUUUGCUUAUUUCUCAGAGAAGAAGGAGAGACCACCUCUUACUUUCUCUUUGCUGGUUCAGUUCUUCCUUCUAGCAUCACUGGGCCUUGUGUUUCUAAACUCAGAAAUCACUGCAAACCAAGGCUUUUAUCUCUUGGGGUUGUAUUAUGCAUCUCCAACUUUUGCAUCUGCAAUGCAGAACUCAGUUCCAGCAAUCACUUUUGUCAUGGCUUUUGCUCUGAGGCUUGAGAAGGUUGAUAUCUCAAGGAGAUAUGGACUGGCAAAGGUGCUGGGAACCAUUGCAAGUAUAGGAGGUGCCACAAUCAUCACUAUCUACAAGGGCCCUCCUCUUCUGCACCAGACACAUCCCCAACCGGGAAAUUCCUUGGAGGAAGACAUGUAUUCCAGGAAAAUGCAGAACUGGACAUGGGGCUGUGUAUACCUGGUUGGACACUGCCUAUCAUGGGCUGGUUGGAUGGUCCUUCAGGCACCUGUGUUGAGGAACUAUCCAGCUAAACUCAGUCUCACUUCAUUUACAUGCUUCUUUGGAUUGAUCCAGUUCUUGAUCAUAGCAGCCUUUGUAGAAACCAACCCUGAGCUCUGGAAAAUUCAAUCAGGAGAAGAGCUUUUCACAAUUCUAUAUGCUGGAGUUGUGGCAGCUGGGAUUGUCUUCUCCCUUCAAACAUGGUGUAUUCAAAAAGGAGGUCCUGUUUUUGUUGCUGUCUUCCAGCCCAUGCAGACACUUUUAGUCGCUGUCAUGGCAUCUCUAAUUCUUGGCGAUCAGUUAUACCUUGGAGGGAUUAUCGGUGCAGCUCUCAUUAUGCUUGGUCUUUACUCGGUUCUAUGGGGUAAAACAGAAGAAAAGAGAGUGGGAAGCCAAGAUCAGGAACAGACAUUGACAAAGCAUCUUCUUGAUACUGAAAAUAGUGAUAAAGAUGAUGCUCCUGCAUCAGACAUUCCAUGA